AGUGAUGUCUAAAUAAAAAGGAUAAAUCAAAUAAGCUGUAAUUGGAUCUAAACUUAAUACUAAAGCAUGGCCAUAGACUUCAGUGAUUAUAAAUAAGUUGCCUUAAUAUUUUAAGAAAGUUUCAUUCAAUAUAGAUUUAAAAUUUGCUGAUUCUGAUUAGAAAUUAAAAAACAUUGAUGUUAAAAUACAACCCUAUAGACCUGUUCAAUCAAGAUCUCAAAGCAUUAUGUGUAAUUAUAUACUUUUAUUAUACAAUUUAGUAACAUCCAGAUCAAACAGAAUGUUGAGACCUCAAAGUGCAUAGACUAGACCAAAGUCAGCUUAUUCUAAUAUUUCAGGAUAAUCUUAAAGAAGUUUAAAAGAACCAGUUGAGAAUCCUUCAUAUAAGAUUGAAAGAACAAAUUAAGAUGGUAGAAUCUCUUUAAAAAAUGUACCUUUAGAUGUUUAUGAGGUUAUUAUAGAGGAAACCAAUGAUUUUCUAAGGAAAACUCAAGUAAAAUUCAUUUAUUAUAGUUAAUAGUAAAUAAAUUUAUUUUAAUUAAAUGCUGACGAUUAGCCACUUGAUUAAGUAAUUAAUUUAGAGAAACAAACACAUUCUUGUAUAGUAGUAACUGCAGUUUGUCAAAUGGCACCAGUAACAGAAUGUAAAGUAGAGAUUGUUCCAAUGAGAGGUGGAAAGGAUGCUAUUUUGAAAGAGUCACCUCCAGGAAGUGGAAAGUAUGAAAUUGUAGUUGAACCUGAUCAAUUCAAUAUAUUUUUUAAGAAAAUAGGAUAUAUUGUAUAUAAGGGUCAAAUAUCUCCAAAGGCUGGAGUAUAUGAAUAAACAUUUGAAUUAAAGAAAGCUAAUACGUAAGAAGAGGGAUAUGAUCCUGUGUAAGAUGCAUUAGAUAAAAAACAUGCUAUAAAACCAUCAAGUGAUUUAAUGAUAAAGAAACCUAAAUAUUUGUAACCUCCAUCAGUACAUUAAGAUAAAAUCAAUCUUAUUUAAUUUUAAUUUAUAGAUUUAGUUAGUAAAUAUCCAGUACCUAAUGUAUACAUUAAAGUUCAUGAUGAAAAUAAUAAUAAAUUAUAUAGUUAUCGUUCCAAUGAGAAUGGUAUAUGCAAAGCAUUAUUACAAACCAACAGUAUUUUAUAUUUGCUAUAAUAAAUUAGUUAUCAAAGGUAGAAUAUUUAUACAACAUGUUGAAUAUUAUGAAGAAAUUAAAGAAAUUAAUGAAUAACAUCCAUUGUCUACAACUUCUAUAAAUCAUUAUCAUAUAAUACAUAAGCCAUAAUAGUCUCAAUUAGUUGUUUUACUUGUUAAUAAACCAAAUUAAGGUUUCUUGAAUUUCUAUAUAAUAUUGGAAAGUAAUUUACACAUAUAAUAAUUAUUUAGAUAAAUAAGUAAUUUAAUCUGAUUCAGAUAUUCAACAAUAUUAAAAUCCAAAAGAUGGAAUUCAGUUAAUCAGUUUUUCUAAUCUAUAGAAUAAAAGAGAUAUUUUAUAGUUGGUUGCCUGUCUACCUAAAUUAAAAAUGGAUUUUAUUGAAGAAAUGUGUGUCUUGACACCAAAUUCAAUUGAACGUUAUUAAUUACCUUAAUUGCCAUAAGAAUAAGGAACAUUAUAUCCAUACUUUUGGAUUUUAGGAUCAUUAAAAGAACCAUAUGAAGCAUUUGAUGUGGUUAAUUAAAUAAUCAACACAUCUCAAUUAAAAACUUAUCCUAAUCUUACUAAAUCACAUAACAAUCCUUAAGAAGUUGCAUAAUGUGCAUUUUAAUCACCAAAUCUAAUUGUUGCUGCAAAUCAAAAUGGUAGUGUUAGUAUAUGGAAUUUGGAUAGUUAUUUAAUAGAUAGUACAAUUAAUUGUAAAUUUUCUGAUCAUGUUAAUACUAUUAUAAUUUGGGAUGAUGAUAAUGUUAUGAUAUCUGAUAAUUCUGGUUUGGUAGUCUGGUUAAAAAAAGAUGAUGAUACAUAAUAAUUCAUUCUAGUAUAUACAUUGGCCAUCAAUAAAAAAACUAAUUCAAUGUGUAAAGUAGGAGCUGAAGGUUUAGCUUUGGGUACAAAUGAUGGAGAAUUAAUAUUAAUCAAAGUAGAUUUAAGAUAAUUGUAAUUAUUUAUUGAUACUACCAUUUAAGUUGAAUCUUCAACAUAAACUGUUGAUCCUAUCAAUAAAAUGGUUUCUAUUACUAAUGAUCAAAUUGCUUUUUUAUGUGAUAAUAAUAAAUCCAUUUUCAUCUAUAAGAUUGAAAAGUCAUUAGAUAAACCUUUGAGUGGAACACUUAUUAAAUAAGUGAUUAUCAAAGGCUAUCUUAGUGGUGGAUAACCAAUACUAUAGAUUAUUUCUAUAGAUUAACGUUACUUAAUUUUUGGAGGUCUUGAUGGUGUAUUACAUACUUUAAGUAUUGAUUCAUUAGAAAGAGGUCCAAACAUUAGUCUUCAUUCUAAUCAAUAAGUUAAUAGUGUUUUAUAAAAUGAAGAUGGAGUUCUUAUUGCUUAAGGCAAUCAUAUAAGUUUUGUAUAUGGUCUAGAAACUAUCAAUGAACUCAAAAUUACUAAUUAAAAAUAUUUUCAAUCUCCAGUUAUGGUAUAUCAAGGAGAAUGUGUCACUUAUGAAAAGAGAUUACUUACUUUUACUAAAUAAGGUAGAUUAGUUGUUUGGUCUUUAUAAGAUAAACUCUUUCCUGAUAUAAGUAACUUUUUAUUAGAUACUGAAUUUCCUCAUAAAUUAAAACCUAUUGAUAGAUAAUAUCUAUUAGUAGAUGCUAAAAUCUCUAAAGAAAAUUUCAGUAUUUAUUUAAUUAAAGAAAAUGGUGAAAUCAUUAAAGAUUCAACUAAAUUAAUUAAAUUCGAAAGAGAAGACACAUAUUUUUAUAUGGAAAUAGAUUAAACAUAAUAAUAAGGUUUAUGGAGAUUGGGAGCAUAUUUAUAAAAUACUGAACUAAUUAGAUCAAAAUAACCUAAAAUAUACUUUAUAUCUUCACAUGGAUAUUAAGUAUUAAAUUUUCCUUAAUAAAUUCCUAUUAGUAAAAAAUAAGCUUAUCAUUGGUUGAUUGGUACCUUAAUUCCUCAUGUAGAUACAUUAAAAUCUACUUCACUUUAUACUGAUUCUUAAAUAGUUGGUAAAUUCCCAAGUUUAGAAAUGAGUAAACAUGAAGGUAAAAUCAAUCAAAUAGUCUUCCUUUAUAAAGAUGAGUUUAUCACUGCAGGAGAAGAUAAAUAAGUUAUUAUAUGGAAUGCUUAAACUUUCUAAAUCAAUAAAGUAUUAUAUCAUGAAGCUGAAGUCUUGAGUGUUUAUGUACAUAAUGGAAUGUUGUUAGCAGGUAAUAAAGAAGGAACUGUAAUUGGAUGGAAAUAACAUGAUGGUAUUUGGUAAAUGGAUAUCAAAUUCAAACAUCAUGAAAAAGGAGUUUAUUCUAUUUUAUAUGUUGAUGGAAGUAUUGUAACAGCCUCAGAAGAUAGAAAGAUUCAAUUAGUCAAUUUUGUAUCAGGUGCUUUAGAACAUGUAGAACCAGUAGAUAGAACAUUUGUAAUAUCAUUGGUUACUUAUAAUAAAGAUGUAUUUGCAGCUGGAUUUCCUGAUGGAAGAGUCAAAACAUACAAAAGAGUAAAUUUGAUGUUUUCUAUAUGAUUUUAGGAAAAAACAGGUCCAAAAAUUAUAUUGAAAACUUUAAGAACAGUUGUUACAGUAAAAGUAUAACAUUUGUACAUGAUUAACAAUAAUCUAUUAUUUGUCGGAGGGAUGGAUAAAGUAAGUGAUUUAAUGAAUGUAGAAUAAGGAACAAAAUUAAAGUAAAUUAAUUAAAUAUAUUUAGAACAUUAAAGGAUGGUCAUACUGGAUCAAUUUUAUGCAGUUUAUUAUAUUUUAAACAUCUUAUAACUGGUGGUUCAGAUGGUAGAUUGAGUAUUUGGAAUUUUGAUAAAGGAUUGUUAAUAAAGACAUAUGAAUUGACUAAAGAAGAAAUUAGAGGUGUUUUUAUUAUUGGUAGAUUAUUGAUUACUGCAAGUAAAUAAUAAUAAUCAAUAUAUUAAGGUUCCAAUGGAAUGAUAAGAAUUUGGUAAGAGAUUUGCCCAUUUAUUGAAUAGAUACCACCUGAAGAAGAACCAGAAUAAUAAUAAUAAUAAUAAUUAUAAUAGUGA